AUGCAUCCUACUGCCGUUACUAGAAUGUUCCAACCGACCAAGAAGAUGUGGUCGCCUGUGCCCAAGGAGGAGCAUAGCGCCCACACUAUCUCGCAACGAUUGCGCCAAUGGAAGAAGAUUCCUCCCGAGUUGGUUCCUUUGGGAAUCGUCGUCGGUGUCGCUGUCGGAUUUGCUUUCUACUCUUUGGGCCGCAAACUUGUUGUUGACAAGCAAAUGCGUCUCUCGAGACAAAACAGAGGAAAGGAAUAG